UAACUGGAUGGAGGGCAAAGUAUAGCUAGCAGUAGCCUCCCAUAAUGCUUCUUAAAGCAAUGAACUACAAUUUUCUAUUUGCUCAUUCAUUGUAAAUACAAUUUGAGAAGGUAGGAACUGAGAGAAAACUUAAGGGGUGACCAGAUCCAUAUUCUUGUCUUUGGUAGGAAAAAGAAUCUUUUUUUAAUCUGUGUCUGAUUAUUAAUUUUAUCUUUCAAAGAAAAUUUCACAGCUUCUAAUACUAAUUCAUUUCAGACUCUCUAACAACACUUACUGCUGGGAAAGUCAUAACUAACCAGGACACUUCAGACUUAAGUAUCUGCUCCCUCCUAUUUCAGGGGAGCAGGUGCAUGUCUCCGCAGCGCUUCUCAUCUGGGGGGCUUUUCUAUUUCUCCCACUGAUCUCUUUGCUACAUAGAGGCUGGACUGAGAAGAGGCACUGAAGUUAUUAACUUUGACCACUGCCCUAGAGCAUGCAAGCAGGGCCAGGUCGACACCCUGCAAGGAGAUAGUAAGAUAUCCAGUUGUGAAACUGGGAAAGGCCAGAGCUCUUGGAUUAGGGAAACAUGUCCCGUCGGAAACAGACAAAUCCAAAUAAAGUUCACUGGGAUCAAGUAUUUGCUGGGCUAGAAGAGCAAGCCCGCCAGGCGAUGAUGAAAACUGAUUUUCCUGGAGACCUUGGCAGUCAGCGACAAGCUAUCCAACAACUAAGAGAUCAGGACUCCAGUAGCAGUGACAGUGAAGGUGACGAAGAGGAGACCACACAAGAUGAAGUCUCUUCCCACACAUCAGAGGAAGAUGGAGGGGUGGUCAAAGUGGAAAAAGAGUUAGAAAAUGCAGAACAGCCUCUUGGUGGGAACGAAGUGGUAGAGCAUGAGGUCACAGAGAACUUGAAUUCAGACCCUUUACUUGGACUCUGCCAGUGUCCCCUCUGCCAGCUAGACUGUGGGAGUCGGGAGCAGCUGAUUGCUCACGUGUACCAGCACACGGCAGCAGUUGUGAGCGCCAAGAGCUACAUGUGUCCUGUCUGUGGCCGGGCCCUGAGCUCCCCCGGGUCAUUGGGUCGCCACCUCUUAAUCCACUCGGAGGACCAGAGGUCUAACUGUGCUGUGUGUGGAGCCCGUUUCACCAGCCAUGCCACAUUCAACAGCGAGAAACUUCCUGAAGUACUUAAUAUGGAAUCCCUACCCCCAGCCCAUAGUGAGGGCCCCUCCAGUGCUGAGGGGAAGGACAUUGCCUUUAGUCCUCCAGUGUACCCUGCUGGAAUUCUGCUUGUGUGCAACAACUGCGCUGCCUACCGAAAGCUACUGGAAGCCCAGACCCCCAGUGUGCGCAAGUGGGCCCUUCGUCGACAAAAUGAGCCUUUGGAAGUACGCCUGCAGCGGCUGGAACGAGAGCGCACAGCCAAGAAGAGCCGGCGCGACAAUGAGACCCCCGAGGAGCGGGAGGUAAGGCGCAUGAGGGACCGUGAGGCCAAGCGCCUACAGCGCAUGCAGGAGACAGAUGAGCAGCGUGCUCGUCGGCUGCAGCGGGAUCGGGAGGCCAUGAGGCUCAAGCGGGCCAAUGAAACCCCGGAGAAGCGGCAGGCCCGGCUCAUCCGGGAACGCGAGGCCAAGAGGCUCAAGAGGAGGCUGGAGAAAAUGGACAUGAUGUUGCGAGCUCAGUUCGGCCAGGACCCUUCUGCCAUGGCAGCCUUAGCAGCUGAAAUGAACUUCUUCCAGCUACCUGUGAGUGGGGUGGAGUUGGACAGCCAGCUCCUGGGCAAGAUGGCCUUCGAGGAGCAGAACAGCAGCUCUCUACACUGAACCACAAACACCCUCCUGCCUGCCCUCCCGCUCACCCAGGCCCACCCGAUCAGUGCUGCAGCCACCCACAGGGCUAUGUCUUUGCUGCCAGAAGAAGGCCCAGGUUUGUUGCAGGUGGACCUGUGCGCCCCUUGCAUGUCAGAGCAGGAUGAUGGGGUCAGGAGGGACCCAGCCAGGGAGCAGGCACUCCAGAGAACUGGACUCCUCAGCCCACUGCUGCAGGGCAUGUUGUAGGACUGUGGGGCCCCAGGGUGGCCCACGCAAAUAAAUUAAUUUUAUCAUUA